AGGGGCUUGAUGGGAAAUGUAGUAUGAAGAUGCCCUAUAAAUAAAUGGGAACUUCCUUUCACGUCCUCUUUACUGCGCGAGCCUGAGUGAGGCAGGCACACUUAAGCCGCCAUGCCCGUUGCCAGGAGUUGGGUUUGUAGCAAGACGUAUGUCACCCCGCGACGUCCCUUUGAGAAGUCCCGUCUUGACCAAGAGUUGAAACUCAUUGGCGAGUAUGGUCUGAGGAACAAGCGUGAGGUGUGGAGGGUCAAGUUCACUCUGGCCAAGAUUCGUAAAGCUGCCAGAGAGCUGCUCACUCUGGAUGAGAAGGACCCCAAACGUCUGUUUGAAGGUAAUGCCUUGCUCAGGCGUCUAGUGAGGAUUGGUGUGCUGGAUGAGGGCAAGAUGAAGCUCGAUUACAUCCUGGGUCUAAAGGUCGAAGACUUCUUGGAGAGGAGACUGCAGACACAGGUCUUCAAGCUCGGGCUUGCCAAGAGCAUCCACCACGCCCGUGUCCUUAUCCGCCAGAGGCACAUUCGUGUGCGCAAGCAGGUGGUGAACAUCCCAUCCUUUGUGGUUCGCCUGGACAGCCAGAAGCACAUCGACUUCUCCUUGAGGUCUCCAUACGGUGGUGGACGCCCAGGCCGUGUCAAGAGAAAGAAUGCCAAAAAGGGUCAGGGUGGAGCCGGAGGAGCUGAUGAUGAGGAGGAAGAUUAAGAAAGAUGUUGUCAAGGAAGUGUGUUCCAAAACUCCCUGUUCUGUAAAAAAUUUCAAUAAAAUGUUUGGUCUGACCAGA